AUGGUUACCAGCCCUUUAGUCUAUCAGAUCGGAGCAACAAGUGCAACUGGAAACACGAUUACACGAGAACAGAGCGAACAUAGCCGGCAAGUAGGAACCGGAUCAGUAAAAUCGGAAACAAUUGACAUAUGGCAGAGAGAAUGGGAAACGGCUGGCAAAGGGAGAUGGGCUAAUAAUAAUAAAUAUUCAACAUUAAAUCAUAGAUUGAAAGGGAACACGAUGAAUUAUUAUCUUACGUCUGACACAAUUGCUAUAACGGGUCAUGGAGGUUUCCUAUUUCUACCUGCAUCCCUUCCAGGGCGGGCUGUUAGCCCGAAGUGUGUGGUCUGCGGUUAUGAUAAUGACGACGCAGAACAUUGCUUUGGUAUUUGA